ACUGGAUGCGGGUGGAAGCUCAGUGGAGCCCCAUCUCAGGAACGCGACGGUUGGCCGUUCUCUCUGACGGGAAAGAUCGCGUUACCAGGUGUCUCUUUCGUCCUGCGGCUCAUAUGCAGCCCAUGGUCACAAAGGGCUUGAAGUUCAUAGAAAGCGAGGGAAACGUAAUGUGAACCGAUACAGGAGGUAUCGUUUCACUUCGAAAGUGAUGAGAUGCUAUGGACGGCGAGAACAGGAUUAUAUUGAACGUUGGUGGAAUUCGAUACGAGACUUAUAAAGCUACUCUGAAAAAAAUCCCAGCCACACGGUUAUCUCGUCUCACAGAAGCCCUGGCCAACUAUGACCCCCUGCUCAACGAGUAUUUUUUCGACAGACACCCCGGUGUUUUUGCCCAAGUGCUCAAUUAUUACAGGACCGGCAAAUUGCAUUACCCGACCAAUGUUUGCGGACCGCUUUUUGAAGAGGAACUUGAAUUCUGGGGCUUGGACUCAAACCAAGUCGAGCCCUGUUGUUGGUCCACUUAUAGCAUUCAUAGAGAUACACAGACAACAUUGGCUAUCCUGGACAAGCUGGACAUCGACUCGGAACGACCGACAGAAGAGCAGGUGGCCAGGAUGUUCGGCUACGAAGAAGACUAUCUCGCUGGCAGGCUCACAGCUUGGCAAAGGCUCAAACCAAAAGUUUGGUCAUUGUUCGACGAGCCUUAUUCAUCAGUGGGUGCCAAGGUAGUUGGGGUGAUGUCCGUGUUCUUCAUUUUCGUCAGUGUAUUGACGUUCGCCCUGAAAACACACCCGGACCUCAGGGUUCCGACCAUGCUCAAUCUAACCCAUUCUGGACCUAAUAACACAACAUGGGUGGAAAGUAGGAUCAGAUCCGAUCCUCAUGUAUCAUUCUUCUACGUCGAAUUAGUAUGUAACGCUUGGUUCACCUUCGAACUUGUCGUCCGUCUCAUUGUGUCGCCGAACAAGGUCCAGUUCAUGCGCUCACCCGUGAACAUGAUCGAUGUGAUGGCGACCCUUAGUUUUUAUACAGAUGUCCUACUCCAGGACCCCGUCGCCAGAGCCUUGGACAAGGCAGAUGUCCUGGAAUUUUUUUCUAUCGUCAGGAUCCUCAGGCUUUUCAAGCUGACUAGACAUUCUCCAGGGCUCAAGAUCCUGAUUCACACGUUUAAAGCUUCGGCAAAAGAGCUUACUCUACUUGUGUUCUUCCUAGUCCUGGGUAUCGUCGUAUUCGCAAGUCUUGUCUACUAUGCAGAGAGGCUUCAGGCAAAUCCUGAUAACGACUUUAAGAGCAUACCCGAGGGCCUUUGGUGGGCGAUUGUCACUAUGACCACUGUCGGAUAUGGUGACAUGGUUCCAAAAACAUACGUCGGCAUGUUCGUCGGAGCUCUUUGCGCCCUAGCCGGCGUGCUGACGAUAGCUCUUCCAGUGCCUGUCAUCGUUUCGAAUUUCUCCAUGUUCUAUUCGCACACGCAGGCUAGAUCGAAACUUCCUAAAAGAAGACGAAGGGUGCUUCCGGUGGAACAGCCGAGACCAAAAAGAGGUGAAGUAGUGAAUCCAGCUGCAGUUGCUAAUCGCCGUAUGAAUGCAAUUAAACAUCAUCCGCAUCCUAUAUUUAAAGACGCUUUUCCUAACCCAAAAUUAGGGACAGUGAAUGGAGUAAAUAUGAUAGGUCUUGCACUACAGGGUCAAUCAAUCCCUGGCCUCAAUGUUCCUUCAUCAAGCUCAGAAUCUUCACCGAAAAAAGAUAAUGAUGGAGCAUGUAGCAGUUUAGCAGUUGUAUCGCGGGUUGGAGGUGGAGCCAUGGUUGCCCCAGCGCCGUUAGAGCCCCGAGCAGCAACAAUCGGUAGUGUCAGCCUUCUUCUGCCACUCCAGCCUCGGCUGUUAACAUCAGCUUCUGACAUGAUGGCACGAAGGACAGUUUUACAAGCUCAGAACAUGCCAGGGCCAACUGGUGACUCUUCAGUUAAUCCAUCUUCAAUCGAUUAAAUACCAGAAUUAAUAUUUACGGAUGAUUUUCAUUUCUUAUAUUCAUUUCUAAAAGAGUUUAAUAAUUUUAAAAAAUGAAAUGAUUAUUAGUUAAUGCUUUUUAACUAUUUUACCAACAAAAGUAAUGAAUGAGACUUCAAAUAUCAUUUUUUUGAACACCACCUUCAAAAAGCUGCUUCAUCUUAAUAUAACAAUACAUUAAAUAAAUUAAUGCUAAAUUUUGAGGACAAGUUCAAUUUAAGUUCCUUAAAAUUGUAUGUAAUUAGCCAUUCAUAUGUGCUAAAAUAAAAUUUAAAAUAAACUUUUAG